UUUGCAAUUGUAAACUAUAUAAUUUUUAUUUAAUUUCCCAUUUGCCUCUGUGAAUUUUGUCUUUUGUAGUAAAAUGGAGUUCUUCGAGAAAACCAAGGCGGUGAGACUGAAGAGCCACUUAAACAAGUACCUGGUCGCCGGCGAAGACCAAAUCUCCACACGGCAGAGCAAGAACGGCGCCGCCAGGAAGGCGCGGUGGCUGGUGGAGCGCGUGGACACCAACCCCCACGUCGUCCGCCUCAAGAGCUGCCACAACCGCUACCUCAGCGCCUCCGGCGACCACUUCCUCCUCGGCAUGACCGGCCACAAAGUACUCCAAAUCACGCCGGAGAACCACCACGGCGGCAAGGAUUUGACGAUCGAGUGGCAGCCGAUCAGGGAUGGGUUUCAGGUGAAGAUGAAAGCCUCCGGUGGGACUUUUUUGAGGGCUAACGGCGGAACGCCGCCGUGGAGGAACUCCGUCACCCACGACAGCCCGCUCGCCGCCGCCACGCAUAACUGGAUUGUUUGGGAUGUGGAGGCGGUGGAGGUGCCGGAGGAUGAAGCCGUGACGGAUUAUUGGUCGAUGGUGUCGAGCUUUUCGUCUGUUUCCGAUGAGAUAUCCGGUGCGGAAUUCGGGUUCGAGUCGCCGGUUUCCGUCUGCUCGCCGGUUUCUAUCCGGUCCGGUUUAUCCGGUUCAGCCUCGCCGUCGCCCAGGUGGCUGUCUUUCAAGAAGAGAAGACCAUUGAUCUCAAUUAUCGCAAGAACGCCGGCGAUGGAUUUAUUCAAGAACGCAAAAGGCGUCCGCCUGAAAAGCUCGCACGACAAAUACCUAAUCGCGGAGGAAGACGAGGAAUCCGUGACCCAAGAUCGAAACGGAUCCUCCAAAUCCGCUAAAUGGGCCGUCGAGUUCGUCGAGAAUUCCGACACAAUCAUCCGCCUCAAGAGCUGCUACGGCAAGUACCUGACGGCGACGAACCUGCCGUUCCUCCUCGGCAUGACCGGCCGGAAAGUUCUCCAGACGAUGCCGGACCGGCCCGACAGCUCCGUCGAGUGGGAGCCCAUCAAGGAGAACGGCGCCGUCAAGCUCAAGACCAGGUACGGCCGGUUUCUCAGGGCGAACGGCGGCGUGCCGCCGUGGAGGAACUCGGUGACCCACGAUAUCCCGCACCGUACGGCGACUCAGGAGUGGAUUUUCUGGGAGAUCCAUGUGGUGGAGAUUACGGUGGCGCAUCCGCCGGCGCCGGCGGCGGUAAAGGACGAAUCUUUUGCUUCCGGAUCGAGUUCUCCGACCACCAGCCAUUUCUCUGUUUCUGCUAGCUUUUCUAGACAGGAGUCCGAUGAUUCUUUAAUCUUUUCGCCUCCAAAAGCAAACGACGGGAGGUUAAUUUAUUUUCACGUAGCCGAUGAAAAUGGAGAAAUCGAGGAGGGUUUUGAGGAGCUAUGUAUUUCAUUCAAAGGCAACGAUAUGAAAGAAUUGACAAAGAGGCUCGAAGAGGAGUUAUCAAUCGAGGGUAUAACCGUGUGUUCAAAAAGCCCGUUGAAUGGGAAUCUUUAUCCACUUCGUCUCCAACUUCCGCCAAAUAAUACAACCAUGCACGUUAUUGUGGUUCCACCAUCAUCGAAAGGUGAUUCUUUUUUUACACUACAUUGUGUCGAUGUUUUUGUUAUUUCUGAUUUAAAAUUGUUGUUUCUGAUUUUGAUUGAAUGCAUUUUUUUUUCUGGGGGUUAUCGGGUAUGAAAGAUUUUAUCACUUUAUUAAUCAAGAAAAAACUGGGUUAGUGAAAAAUGGUGCAUGAACUCGAGAUGAGCUUGCUCGAAAAACGUUUGCGCUAAGCAAUACUUUCUUGUGUCAUUGAUCAGAUUAGGGAUGAAAUUAUUAUGUAAUUUAUUUUUAGGUUAAUAAAAAAUUGAAACUUUUAUUGGAACGCCACACCUAUUUCGAUCUGAAAAAUUUCCAUUUUUGAAACAAGUUGUUUUCACUCCAUUUUCCAAAAUUCCAAUUUCCGAUUUUUCCAAACUUUUUUGGAACACAAUUUGAAUUUUUUUUCAUUUUUCAUUUUUCAAUUUUUCCCGACAGUGCUAAUUCGGGUUGAUCCGUCAAAGUUCCACCCCUAGAUCAGAUGUUAAAAUCAAACAUUGAUGAUUUACUGUCUGAAAAUAUUGUUAGAACUUUGUUAUAUAUUCUCUUUUCUUAACAGCAUCUUUGGACAAUAUGUUUAUAUGAAUGAAAUUUUCUGCUCAUAUAAAUAUACAUAUAUAUUGU